CGGCGGAGUGUUGGUGCCGGAAGUGUACGUGGGGUGGCGGACGGCUCGGGCAGCGAUGGCUGGGGCUCCAGAGAUGACUGAGAUGUACGACCAGGCGCUGCUCGGUAUCCUGCAGCACGUCGGCAAGAUCGAGAACUUCCUGGAAGUCUUCUUCGGGUUCCUGUACAGGAAAACCGACUUCUUCCGCCUGAUGGUGCUGAAGGAAGAUCGGCUGGGCUUCCCGCCCGGGGUGGCCGAGCGGCUGGCGCUGAGGGCUUUUAAGAAGUUUGAACACUACUCUAUUCAAGACAAUGAGAGACGGAUGAAAGAGAUAGAGGAAAAACUCAAGAAUAGGAAAUUGGAGGAAGAGCAGUCGUGCGUUCCGCCUCCUAGUCAGGAGGUGGAGGUUGAUUCAACACUUGAGGAGCAGCCUCAUGCAGUGGAGGUGGCUGAUCAGGAGAUUGCAGCAGAUGCACAGCACCCGGCCAGCGUUGCUGCAGCCUCUGGACCCUUAGAGGGUGCCACCGCUGCACCGGAUACGAAAGAGGAGCCCAGCCAGCCUUCCAAAAAAUGUGAAGAAAAUUUUGACAGCUAUAAUGGGGCAGUGAGAGACAACUAUGUUUGGUCCCAGGAUUACUCAGACCUGGAAGUGAAAGUGCCAGUUUCCAAGCAGAUUGUUAAAGGAAAACAGGUGUCAGUUGACAUACAAAACAACUGGCUGCGUGUGGCUGUGUUUGAAGGAGGGAAUGAGAGAGUUAUCGUGGAUGGAAAGCUGACACACAAGAUCAACACCGAAAACUCCAUGUGGAGCUUAGAGCCAGGGCGCUGUAUUUUGAUUAACCUGAAUAAAAAUGGAGAAUAUUGGUGGAAUGCUAUUCUGGAAGGUGAGGAAACUAUUGAUAUCGACAAGAUAAACAAAGAACGGUCGAUGGCAACAGUGGAUGAGGAGGAGCAUGCAGUUCUGGACAGACUGACCUUUGAUUAUCAUCAAAAAAUGCAGGGCAAGCCACAGAGUCAUGAAAAGAAAGUGCACGAAAUGUUGAAGAAAGGCUGGGAUGCUGAAGGCUCACCGUUUAAAGGACAGGAGUUUGAUCCGUCUAUGUUUAACAUAUCUCCUGGAGCAGUGCAGUUCUAAUCCCUCCUGCCAGUGCCUCGAGAGUGCAGAAGACACAGACUUGACCCUGACCCCACCGAAGAUCAGCACAAACCGUGGAUUGCAGUCUGCUCUUGAGCAACAUGAGACUUUCUCUGAGUAAGGUCAUUGCAAACCAUCAGUUGCCAAGUCUUUGUCGCAGACAAGUGUAUUUAUUUCUGUUAAUUUUGCAUAUUUUAUGAUUUUCCUGAGACUUCAUUUGCUGUCUCAUUAAUUGGGAGAGAUGUUCAAAUUUCCGGUUUAGGUUGCUUCCCUGUGAAUAGUGAAAAUAGUGUUUGAUAUUCUUCAUUUUCUUGACCUGAUAUUUAUAUCCUUCUCACAGUUUUGAAACUAAACAAUAAAACAUUUAUGAGUGAACA